GCUGCACCAGAAGCGCCCGGUCAGUCAACGCAGAUGAGGCGGACGCGUCGCGCUCUCGCGCUUUCCGUUCUUUUACGCACGGCGACAGGCUGCAGCGGGCAGCGCGCAUGGUGUCCAAAUGAGCCACCGCUCUCACGGAUCGUCCAACAUACAAUGGAUUAACAGGAAAGACAUGAGCGUCCGCACGGAGGACAGCGUCAGCCUGUGCCAGAGGGCACUCCAGAUCGUCACGGAGCUGUGCCUCGCCGGCCACGUCGACCGGGAAAAAUGCUCGGACAUCUUUCCGAUGGAGAGCAACAUACCAGGUAAAGGAAAUUCAGACAUCUCUGUAAGUCUCUUAGCUGUGGUCGUGGGUUUCUGUGGGCUCGCCCUGUUGGUAGUCUCUCUCUUUGUGUUUUGGAAGCUGUGCUGGCCCAUCUGGAGAAGCAAGGCCCUCUCUUCGCAUGCCGAUGGCAUCCCGCAGGGGAUGCUCCCCGAAGCCCCCCUGGCCAACUUGCCACCACCUCCUUCGCCCCGCCCUCAGCCCCCUUUGGUCCCAGAACCCAAGUUGGCUGGGUUGGCGGUCAUGGGGCGCCAGGCCUCUCAGCCCCAGCAGGAUGACCAGGAGGAGAGGAAGAGGAAGGUGCCUGAGGUGAAGGUGAAUGGUCGCAGUUCAGUCAAGAUAAUCGAGGCGGCCAUGAAAAUCAGCCAGACAUCGCCGGACAUCCCAGCUGAGGUGCAGCAGACUCUGCGUGAGUGCCUCAGCAGGCAGGCCAAAAUCCAGAGGCAGACCACUGAGCCCACCUCAUCCUCCAGGCAUAAUUCAUUCCGUCGGCAUCUUCCAAGGCAGAUGAAUGUGUCCAGCGUGGACUUCAGCAUGGACACUCUGCCUGUGCGGCAGUCCUCAGCGGUCAGCAUCGGACGCAUCAAACCUGAGCUCUACAAACAGAAGUCCGUAGACUCGGAGGAAGGGAACAAGGAACCGGUGGAGACCUGUGGCAAGCUGAGCUUCGCCCUGAGCUACGACUAUGAGGAGCAGGCUUUGGUGGUGCGCAUUCUUAAAGCCCUGGACCUGCCAGCCAAGGACUUCACGGGCACCUCUGACCCCUAUGUGAAGAUCUAUUUGCUCCCAGAGCGUAAAAAGAAGUUCCAGACACGGGUCCAUCGUAAGACACUCAACCCCACGUUUGAUGAGGUGUUCCGGUUUCCAGUGGAGUACGAGCAGCUGUGUAACCGCAAGCUGCACUUUAGCGUCUACGACUUUGACCGCUUCACAAGCCAUGACAUGAUAGGUGAGGUGGUGGUGGACAACCUGUUUGAGCUCUCUGACCUGUCACGUGAGGCUGUGGUCUGGAAGGACAUACUUGCAUCAACUACAGAAAGUGUGGAUUUAGGGGAAAUCAUGUACUCCCUCUGCUACCUUCCCACGGCUGGCCGCAUGACCCUGACUGUCAUCAAGUGCCGAAACCUGAAAGCCAUGGACAUUACGGGUUCCUCAGAUCCAUACGUUAAAGUCUCCCUGAUUUGUGAUGGUCGGAGGCUCAAGAAACGGAAGACCACCACUAAGAGGAACACGCUCAACCCCGUCUACAACGAGGCCAUUAUCUUUGACAUCCCACCCGAGAACGUGGAGCAGGUCAGCCUUUCAAUCAUGGUGAUGGAUUAUGACAGAGUUGGGCACAAUGAGGUGAUCGGUGUGUGUCGGACAGGCCCUGAUGCUGAGGGCCUGGGUCGAGACCACUGGAAUGAGAUGUUAGCUUACCCACGCAAGCCCAUCACACACUGGCAUGCCCUUUGUGAGUGGCCAGGAAGAGCAUCCAGUUUUGAAAGCCAGGGCUCCUGCCCCUCCCCCAAGCCCGCCCAGACUCCAUAACCAUGGCAGAGGAGAUCCUGAAUCACACAAGUCUCCUCACACUCUUUUUGCGCACAUGUGCUUGGUUUGUACCAUGAGCUUUCUGGUUUUCUCUUGUGGCUUGUAACACUGCAUCAUUAUGCCAGAGGAUGACUUGUGCAGGUGUCCUCUGCUAUAUAUUCCUGAUGCUACUGCAUUACCUCUAGAACUAUUUCUGAAGACAUAUGGGCUGUUAGAAAAAAUGGACAAGGCCCACAGCAGGCGUAUGAGAUGAUGAUAUGAUUGCGUGGGGAGACUGACAGGAAAAUGAUACCGUGCCAGUUGGGUGACAUAUCAAAUAACAGCACUUUCCAUGUUGUCGUUUUGAACAUCUUUACUUGAUGACAGUAUUUGAUUUUGAAUGUAGACACAUUAAAGGACAAAAAAAUAAUAGAAGUGGCAUGAAUAUCUAAAAUCUAAACUUAAUGUAUUUGUGAUUUAAAGGGUAAAACAAAUAUGUUUAACAUUGAUUACAUGGUCACCUGUUCAAUGUAUGAUUCUAAAAAAUAUAGUGAAAAUUAGUCAUAUAUACAUAUAUGCAACCAUGAUUACUAUGAUUCUAUGAAAAUAUAUACAUAACUGACUAUUCUUCUGAGCAGCGUUUAUCUAAGCAGGAAAGAUUUCUUUCUGGUUUUGAUCACAUUCAUAGCUUUACAUUUAAUGGUCAUAGUUUGUGCAAUCAUACAAAGCUGGUCAAGGAAGAAAAAAGGACUCAGAGUGUUAGAAACAUCUUGCAACAUUGUCUAGGAAAAAUCAGAAAGAUCAGGGCACAGGCCACCAUUUCAGUGCUUUGAGUACAUUUGGACAAAAUAUAUACCAGUGUUGAAGUUUGACUCGAUGAUUUAUAUGAUGCAAAAAAAUUCUAAUUUGGCAUGUACAUAUAAAUGUCUUCAUUCCAGUGCAUAAAUUCCAGUACAUAAUUUGAGAAAGAAAACAAUCCUUUGUUGGUCCUAAAGUGCAGAUCAACCUCAGCCUUACAAACAGCAGUCCAGGGUCAUGUGUAAGUUUCAAGAUUGGUGCUUGGGUUUAUUCUUCAUAGUUUAAGAAGUCAAUCUGCCUCGCUAUCUUGCUAAAUUGAAAACGUCUAAGAACAUAAAUGUUUGAACAGUUGUGAUGAUGUGUGAAUUUUUCCAAGGCACUUUCUUAAAAGUGCAACUUUCAAACACUUUUUUUUUUGCUCUUUUGACAGCUUUUCACUGGAACUGAUGAAAAGGGAGUCACAGUAGCCAGAUGAUGUAGCUUUUUUAGUUUUUCACAAAGCAGAGUUUACGAAAUGUUAUUUGAUUUUGAAUAAAGACACAUUAAAGGACAAAAAGUAAUAGAAGUGGCAUGAAUAUCUAAAAUCUAAACUUGCUGUCUUUGUGAUUUAAAAGGUAAAACAAAUAUGUUUAACAUUGAUUACAUGGUCACUUGUCCAAUGUAUGAUUCUAAAAAAUAUAGUGGAAAUUAGACAUAUAUACAUAUAUGUAUAUAUGCAGUUACAUUACCCAUUUGUAACUCUGUUCCUAUGCAUUCCAAUUUGAAAUUACUGAGAUUUUGGUUUUGAGUUACAUUAACAACAAUGCGCAAUUAUAAAAAUCCAUCUAUCUGCACUGUUAGAAAUACAGGUAUUGUGCAGGUACAUUUUUCGUUUGUCAAGGUACAAACAGUGUAAAUGUACCCUUAAUGGUAGAACAGUGUGUUUCAGGUCCAAUUGUGCACCUUAAAUUUCUUUUUUUCCAGAAAAAAAAAAAAUGUAUUUGUAGGUAUGUAUGUAUGUUUGUAUGUAUGUAUGUAUGUUUCUAUCUAUCUAUCUAUCUAUCUAUCUAUCUAUCUAUCUAUCUAUCUAUCUAUCUAUCUAUCUAUCUAUCCCGUUUUUGUCAAGCCAUAAAAUAUUGAAAGAUAACGAAAACACAGCGCAUGAACUCCCAGGGAAUUAUUUGAUAACAUAAGGGAAAAGGUAGGUCAGAAGUAAUUAGGAUAUGUGGUUUUAUUUCAUUAAAAUCGAACCCUAUAAACAUCACUGUACUCACAGAUCAUUUAGAUACAUCAAAUGUAUGACUCAGAUUGUUUGGAAUGGAAAGAGAGAUGCUAUAUGGAUCCUUUUACAUAUUUCAAGGGAACAUUAGUUGCUUUUGACAUAUUUAGAAUUUAGAGUAUUUUAUUAAUUUUUUAUUGUUUGAAAUCAAUUAAAAACCUAAUGUAUGAACCAAAUAUAGCUUGUAAAAACCAGGUUGUUUUCCUAGAAGGUUGCAGAAUAACAGCCAAAGCAGCAAUUAAAACAGGGCACAGUGCAAUUAUGCAAAUUUGUCUCUGUACAUUUCAUUCAAAUCCAACGUUGUUUGACCAAAGGUGUAAACCUAAAUUUACAUUACCUUGUCAAAAAUGAUUGCCUGCUGAUUGGAGCUGUCGCUCUUUGCCAUUGACUUUAUAAUGUCACCAUAGCAACACAACAUGCCUGUGGUUGAAUUUGUCAGCACCUGCUUAGAUUUGAUGUACACUUCUGAAAGAGGUGGACCCCAGAAAGUGCUGUCUUAUAUGUUCACACAAGUAAUAAUGCAAACAAACAUGGCAAUUACACAAAGGCUGUGUACUGUUAACUUUAAUUUGCACAUUAGGACAAUGUUUCUGCCCCAGUACUCUGUGCGAGUAUUAGAACUAAAGUAAUAUAUUCUUGUAGCAUGCUGACAACAGUCUCUGGAUUUGACUGAUAUCAUGUAAAAAAAUACAAUCUGUAUGAAUUACUGAACUACAAAUUGUGUUUGUAUUUGCACAUUUCCUCCUUCCCAGUGCCAAUGUACGUAAAUACUUGAGAACUUUCUUGAAAGUUAUGUUAAGGUGUAUUUCUAUGGAUUGUUUGGUGGUGAUUUGUACUAUGAGCUUGUGAUCUUGGAUAACUUUAUACACAAUUUGCAUCUAUUGUGAAAUGACUCAUCGUUUGAAUGAGCACUCUACUUACUGAGAAUACUCUUCUUUAAGCCAUUGAAAGGCUUCUCAGCAAAAUACAGUGCUUUUUGUCAUACUUGUUAACAGAAGUGGGCGCUACACUUUGUCAUGAUAUGUACAGUUUUGUGAUAACUUUUGUAAAACUGUUCAGUACAUAUUUGAAAUAUAAUUUUACUGUAUCUGUUUCCUAUGUAUUUUAACUAAAUAAAAACAGCUUGUCAAACUGCAA